UGUGACUGUAUUUUAAGUGGGGCAGAGAAACGAGAUCCAGGAUUUCCUCUUGUACAAUCACAGCUCUGGACCUUCCCUCGUCCUUCUGGAAAAACCUUUUGAGAGCCUGCUCAGCCUUGGAAAUUAUCACAAAGAGGUUGAAACUGCACGAGAACUCUUGUGACCGAAAUGAGCAAAACAUCAACGUUCAAAGGAAGCUUCUGUUGCCUUUCUGGCUUUCUGCGGUCAUCAUCACUUGAAGGAAUGCAAACUGCUAUGAGGGAUUUGCUCAGCCACCACUGUGCUCAGGAACUUCACUGACCAGACCGAGAUGCCGGCUGACAAUUCUUCUGAAAAUUGUUCUGAUCCUUCCAUGGGUUUCCAGGCCUCCUUAUAUGCAGCGACGUACGUGAUUAUUUUCAUCCCUGGUCUGGUGGGCAACAGCCUUGCUCUGUGGGUUUUGUGUUGCUUCAUCAAGAAGGAAAGCAAAGCAGCCAUUUUCAUGAUGAAUUUGGCCGCAGCUGAUCUGGCUCAUGUCCUCUCCUUGCCUUUGAGGAUGUACUACUAUAUCAACCACAGCUGGCCCUUUGGGAGCUUCCUCUGUCAAUUCUGCUUCUACCUGAAAUACCUCAACAUGUACGCCAGCAUCUGCUUCCUCACUUGCAUCAGCAUCCAAAGGUAUCUCUUUCUACUUCAUCCCUUCCGAACCAAAAGUUGGAAUUACAAACAUGAUGUUGCCGUAAGUGCUAUUGUCUGGAUCGUGGUGGGGGCUGCUUGCUUGCCCCUCCCAAUCCUGAGAAGUCCUAGCUUAACCAACAAUGCCAAUAGCUGCUUUGCUGAUCUUGGAGUCAAACAGUUAACAAGGGGAGCCUCCGUAACACUGAUGGUGGUAGCUGAGCUCUCUGGAUUUCUGCUCCCUCUUGUAAUAAUCCUUUACUGCACGUGGAAGAUGAGGCAGUCCCUGCAGGAUCCUGAAGCUCCAUUGCAACAGGCUGAUGAGAGGCGGAAAGCUUGGCGUCUGAUCUUGGGCUGUGCGGCCGUCUUCUUCAUCUGCUUCACCCCCUACCAUGUGAACCUCCCGAUCUUUAUGAUGGUCAAACAAGGUGUCUUUGGAAGCUGCUUGGUCCGUCACCAAGUUCUGAAUUUCCACUCCAUUUCUUUGUGCCUUGCAAGCCUGAAUUGCUGCUUGGAUCCAAUUCUCUACUAUUUCAUGACAUCAGAAUUUCAGCAAAGGCUAUUCCGACACAGCGGGGCUGCCUUCCUGCACCGGUUCAUCCGUUUAGACAACAUCAGGACUGCCGUUUCCACUGCCAAAGAGCAGGAGGAGGUUGGGAAGAGAAGCGAAAAUGUUUUAAUGGCCUAUUUCCGAUCCUUUCGGCCUCAAAGACUUGAAAAUGACUCCUCUAUCUUCUUAGCUAAUCAAUGAUACGUAGAGGUCCAUAUCGGAAGAUCUCCCAUUGUUUGAUUCCUCAAGUCUUGAUGAUUCUCGGCUGGAUUUAUGGACUUGGAUCUGCUGAAAAUGAUUGUGUUGGGUUGGUGAUGGGUGAGAUGUAAGUUCUACUCAGGAUGAUUCACAACAGAUGUUCCAUACGGCCACUGCUUGAUGGAACAACUAAUGAAUUAAGUUCUGGAACCAACCUGUUUCUUGAAGUAGGAACCAAACCGUUUAUGAUGCGUGUCCUACCGCCACAGAUAAUAUGAGACCCCAGAGCUUUUGUUUUGCAACAAAUCUUAAAAAUGAAUCAGGUGAGGGCCAGAGAAGCUAUGAGGUCCUCAAGGGGAAAGCCAUGAGCACAUUGGAGCCACAGACAUCUGAAGAGCAAUGUUAAUUUCUUUGAACCUCAAGAAAACAUUAUCAGAUUAGAUAUGUGGUUUAUUUGUUUUUUUACUGGGCAAAAUGCUUUAGGGACGGAAAAGAACAUCAUCCUAUAUAACAGACAGAGUUUAAGAAAUAGGCUCUGUCAAAUUGCUUACAUGAAUUUAAUGGUUUCAGAUCUAUCAGACAGAUAAGAGAGAUCAAAGUAGAAAGGAGAUUAUUUCCAUUGCUUUUUGAAAUUUGUGGUGCAGUUUGUAACUUGAAAAAAAAAAAUAAUCUGGGGAAAGGCAUACAGAUAUAAAAGGCAUAUAGAAAAAAGCUUAUGAAGGAGAAAAACAUAUCACCACCCCCAGAGCCACUAUAUGCUUUCAGGGAAAUAGGCACAGAACGCAUAAAACUGGGCAAACAUUUUCUGAACAUCUGUAAAUGGUCACCACGAUGAGGAAUUUAGGGGAAAUGAAAUGGGCCAUUUCUGGUUUUUUUUUUGUCACCAUUGUUAGCAAAUAAAAAAAAUCUCAUUAUAAUGUCCUGAGGGAUCAGUGGUAAGAAAUUAAUCAGUGGAACAGCCUGCCUCCAGAAGCAGUAAAUGCUCCAACACUGGAAGUUUUUAAGAAGAGACUGGACAGCCAUUUGUCCGAAAUGGUGUAGGGUUUCCUGCCUGAGCAGGGGUUGGACUCGAUGACCUCCAAGGUCCCUUCCAACUUUACUACUACUACUACUAUUAUUAUUAUUAUUAAAUACAGAACCCAAACUAAGUAUCUGUGGAGAUCCUCAGUCAUCCAGAUCAUAGUUGUCUUUUUUUCUUCAAAAGGCAACUGGACUGGUUUUUUUUCCCCUUGAGGAAGAAGAGAAAGUCCACAUUUUGGAUAGAGAGGAUCGUUGGUUUGAAAGAGGGGUAACAGAAUCCAUCGGUGUUAGAAUUGAAUGCCACCCAUCUCCAGUCUACAAUGCAGAACUUACAGUAGUUCCAAGAAGAUUUCACAACUAAUUUCAUCUAGUUCAGGUGACCCUGAGGGCACAGAUAAACCCCCCAAGUGUCCUCAAAAGCUCUCAGGGAGAGUAUUAACAACCAGAUGACUGCGAAGAAAUAUAAUUCUUCCAUCCCUCACCAUCCUAUCAGAACCUAUUCUUAUAUCCCCCCACCAUCCAAUCUUAACUCUCAGUACCUAUCCUUCCACCCUCUCUCUCUCACACACACACACACACACACACACACACACACACACACCUCCAUCAGAACUGAUGAAGCUUCUUGGAUGAGAAGCAAAAUAUUUUCUCUUCUUCCUCAAGGAAAAAAAAACAAUUCAAUUGCCUUUUGAAGGAAAAAGCACCUUUGAGACCACCCAAACUAAACCGUUUGUUUCAUUCAUUAAUCAGGAAUUCACCAUCCCUUUAAAGGGUGAUCCUAUAUGAAACGGGACUAUUUUAAUACACUGUAUUUUGCCCCUUUGCCAGGAGGUUGAAAAGGUUAACGUGUAAAAACUGGAAAUGCUGGGUGGAGAGGAAGGUAAAUUGUCUUGGGAGAAACAGAACCCUUAUCAAAAUUCUGCUCUCCUCUUGAUUAAGAUGUUUUCUUUUCUUUUCGUAUGUACAAAGGCAAGUGGAAAGCUAUAGUGGGUUUGGAUUGCGUUCUUGGAAAAAGAAAUCAGAAAAUCAGAAAGGAGUUUACAGGCAAACCAGAUGCCAGAAAAAGAAGGAGAGACUAAGUCAAACUUGCCAGUGGAUAAAUUCAGUCAUUCCAGUCUGCUACACCACAAAUCUAUGAGGACAGGGGUCCCUAACCUCUGGGCCCUGGACAGCCCACAAUCUGCCAGGAACCCCAGUGUGCAAUAAAGUGAACCUCAUCCAUGCAUGUGGAGGAUGCAGGCAGCACACAAACACACACACACACACAGUCUGUGGAAAAACCACCCUCCGUGGAACCAGUCCCUGGCACCCAAAAGGUUGAAGACUGCUGUGUUAGGACUACAUUUUCUCCCAAUUUGGAGAAAGGUGGCCACUAAGUCUGGAUUGACAUCAAAAUAGGUGGUACUGGUGAGAUUAUUUAACAUAACUUAUUGUUACAACUGAACGUGAGCCAGUUUGGUGUAAUGGUUAAGGCACCAGGCUAGAAAACCAGGAGACCAUGAGUUCUAGUCCUGCCUUGGGCACAAAGCCAGCUGGGGUGACUCUGGGCCAGCCACUUUCUUUCAACCCUAGGAAGGAGGCAAUGGAAAGCCACUUCUGAAAAACCUUGCUAAGAAAACUGCAGGGACUUGUCCAAAUAUUUUUAAAGUUGUAAGCCGCCCAGUUACCCUGAAGUAAGAUAGGUGACCAAUACAUUUUACAAACAAACACAAAAAUAAAUAGUCUCAGAGAAUUGGGCGUGGUUGAAUGGAAAGGGAAAAAAAAGAGUAGAUUCAAGCUUCUCAAAGCAACAUAGCCUCCAAUGCCCACACACCUCACAAUUUGGCAAUGCAGUUUAUACCUAAACAUGUACAUUAGGAAAAAGAUAAGAGAGAUGGUCAAAACAUAUUUACAGACAUGCAUGUGUUAAGCAAACUCGCACUCAUACAGUUGCAAAAAUGUAUAUGAAUGUACAGGGGGUCUUUUAGGGGAAAAAAAUUACAGUGGAAACAUUUGCCCCGGGAACCUAAAUUUAGACGAGUGGUUCUUCUUGAAUCAUUUCAAAACUGCUUUUAUGGUUUACUGCUAAACGGAAGAAGGAGUGAAAAGGGGAAUCUGAAUUCUUAAAAGACAGGAAAUGUAUCUUUAAUGACCAUUUUACAAAACAUGUAAUAAAACAGAAAUUCA